CAAACACACCUCCUCUCUCUCUCUAGAAAUAUUUAUAUGCACGCAGCACAAUCUGCUGAAUAUGCCAUUGGAAGUUGAUGCGGAAUUGAUUGAUAUGCUUCUUCAUUGCAAUCGCAACAUUGGUGGUGCAAUUUAGCUUUCCAAUACUCUUUAUCAUCGACUGAUGGAUGCAUAUAUAGUUAAUUAAUUGAUCAGCUGCUGUGAGAUUGUGGAUAAGUUAAUUCGAAGAUUUUGCAGUUGAAUGGUCCAUUGGAAAAACAGGAUUUGGAGUUUUUGACACACGCGAAUCAGUUGUAUUGUUAGAUUAGUUGCUUUUGAGCUAGUUUUGUUUGAUAAUAUGCUGGGGCCAGGGAUGCAGUUCAAUAGGACUACGAGCGGCGACGAUCUGUUUUAUAGCGUUUCAAGGAUUAAUCGGAGUCGAGAUUUUCUGCAGAAGGCUCAGAGUGAUGUUUUCUCGAGGCGGAAAGGCCGGCGCGGUGAGCCGUCGGAGGAGAAGUCUAACCAGAUAGCGCCGGCGGUGGCGUCUUCACUGUUGCCUUUGUGCAAUUUGCAGCGGUUUUUGGAAUCUGUUACGCCUUCCGUAUCAGCGCAGUACUUAUCAAAGAUGACUGUGAAGGACUGGAGAACAUGCAAUGUUGAAUAUCAGCCAUUCUUUGUGCUUGGUGAUUUAUGGACUUCGUUCAAGGAAUGGAGUGUCUACGGCACUGGAGUGCCACUGAUAUUGAAUGAUUCCGAUUGUGUGGUUCAGUAUUAUGUUCCAUAUUUGUCGGGCAUUCAGCUUUAUGCUCAGCUAUCAAAGAGAACAACCAAUUUAAGGCGUAAUGGUGAAGAAAGCGAUGGCGAAUACUUUAGGGAUUCAAGCAGUGAUCGAAGCAGCGAUAGUGAACAAGAAAGAAGUGGCUUGAAAUGUGCAAGGGAGCAACCCAACCAUCUCCACACAAGUGAUAUUCUUAGAGUAGAAAAUUUGUUAGCAGAUCAAAACACAAUUUACCAAGAAGGUUUUUCAAGCGACGAAGGUGAAUCCGGAAGCCCACAAGAUUGCUUGCUGCUCGAGUAUUUUGCCAGAGAGCAACCAUACUGCCGAGAACCGUUGGCAGACAAGAUCUCUGAUCUCUCACGUAGCUUCCCAGAAUUAAAUGUGCUUCGAAGCUGUGAUUUACUUCCCUCCAGCUGGAUGUCGGUGGCAUGGUACCCCAUUUACCGUAUACCAACGGGACCAACUCUACAAGAUUUGGAUGCAUGUUUUUUAACCUUCCAUUCUCUGUACACUCCCAUCACAGGCAGUGACACAAUGCAUCCUCCAAAUGUAAAAUAUCCGUCCGACUAUAAUGGUAUGCCGCAAAUUCUGCUCCCAGUGUUCGGCCUUGCUUCGUAUAAAUACAAAGCGUCGCUCUGGACCCCGCGUUCGGGACAUCAGCUCUUGGCGAACUCUCUGCUUCAAGCUGCUGAUGAUUGGGUGAACUCACUCCACGUCAGCCAUCCCGACCACUCUUUCUUCUCCCGCAGAUCACGGCGGCGACAAACAAAGAACCAGAAAUACACACACACAUAUAUAUAUAUAUAUAUGAAUAUAUAUGAUAUAUAUGUGCCGAUGUUUUGGAGUGAGGAUUGAGAUUAAGAUUGAGAAGUAUGAUGAGAAAGAAAUUUUGGUAAAAAGUACAGGAGUAGUAACCUUUGUUUUCUUGUGGACGUUGUGUUUUGGCAUGUUGUUUUAUAGAGAUGGCUAGUCCUUUUCUUAUAUAUGGUGUCUUGUAGAAAAUACUUGUUUUUUUUUUUU